UCUUUCCAUCAUACGCACUUAGCGCACGGGUUUUUAUCUAACACAGGAACUGCCUCCGAACUAGCAAAACCCUAUCUAUGAAUGUGUGUGUCUCUUGACGCUGAUAUUUGUAUUGGUUUAGUGACAAAUCGACUUUCGAAGUGUGAAACAGGAAAGGAAACUGUAGCUAUCUGCAGGUUUGCCACCGUCUAAUCAGUCGAACCUCUUCAGGUUUUCGAAAGAGGAAAUAGCAUUUUCACCAUCGUAGCAGAAUGCUGCGUCACUGAUAUUUUAAAUUAUUCAAGAGAGAUGAUUACAUAUUGUGUCUAGUAUAAUUAUAUGAUUUGUAACAAAUUCGAAAGCUCGGAUUCUCAAAAUUCCAUAUCCUCAUUUUACACUGUUAAAAAAUUACAAGAUCGCUUACCCAUAACCUUGGUAUAGCUUCAAUUUGGGACAUUAAUUUAGUCAAAUGUUUUUAGGAAGCAGUCCAAACAUCGCCAGCUGCAGUGGCGAUAAUUUCCUGGAUGUGAGUCCGAAAGAGUCCAUUUUGAACAUCGUCGAAGAAAGCGAAUCUUUCGAUCAGACUGAGCCCUUUGAAUUAAAUUCUGAAGAAGGAAAACAAGUCUUUCCAAAACCAGGAUUUUGUAUCCAAUCGAAAACUACUAAGGAUGUUAAAGUUUUCAUUAAUAUGUGCCAUUGUGAAGAUGUGCCAAAACCGGAUGAAAAUUUGAUGUCGCUUACAGAUGUGAGUGGAGACGAAACCAUACGUUUCCCUUUAGGCUUUGGCUUACCCCGUAAUGAAAAGGAUAAAUCUGGUAAGGACUGUAUUUGUUUUGAUGUAGUCAUCAACACCGAAUUCCUUUACAUUCUUCUAAACGAUGAGGAUACACGAAACUUCGUAUUAUCCCUUUGUAUCGAAGGAAUCGGUAAUAAAUAUGGUAUCUUUAUCCGUGAGGAUUGCUGCGUAAAAAUGAAAAAUCCUUACCAUGGCACUCUGCAAACACAUUUCAUUAAAAACACUAAUCCACGUGGUUUAAGCAAUCCUCUUGUCAAAGCUGUUUCUGAUCAUUCAUCUGUCCAAUCUGUUGGACCUAAAAAUUCCAAAUCAAAAGAAAAUGAAUCUUCAACCAUUAAUCAAAAUCCAGUGCCUGUUGUAUAUGAACCGUCCAGUUCAAUGCUUCCUGAAAAUCAAAAACCCGGUGUGAAGUUUGGAUUAUUUCAGGUACCAGCUAGUGAUAGUUAUCCAUUGCAAUACGUAUUAGAAGCUUAUUGUUUAGAUGAAGAUCAUCCCCAGUUCAAUGUAUCUGUGUCCAGUAAACGAAUUGUGAUAACUGAAAAAAAGCAUAACUAUAAUAUUGAUGUGAGUUUACCUGAUCCAGUCAUUCCGGAACGAUGUCGAGCUAAUUUUUAUUGUGGCACCUUAGCAGUCGUUUUGCCUCUAGCUCAUGUCAAUCACGAUGAAGAUAAUUAAUUAAAUAGAUAUCAACGUUUUGUGAUGCUAUUGCUGUCAUU